CUGUCAUAUUUCAAAUCUGACAAAUCUACAUAAUUCAAAAUAUUCGUAAUUGUCACUCAACUCCAAAAUGCUAGAAAAACUUAAAGAAGACGUAAAUAAAGUCAAUCUGGAAGUGAAAAAGUUACAACAAUCAUUCCAUUAUGUCUUAAACGACUACGACUAUCACCAUGAAAAUAACGAAAAGACGAUUAUAGCUCAGAAAAAGUGUAUACUCAACGACGUCGAGGGAUGGUGCACGGAUUUGAAAGAAAACACAGAAACUCUCACUAAACUACUGGAAACGGCAAAAGAAAGGACACGCUUCUACGAGGAGCAGAUAAAAAGCAUCGCCAAGAAGCAUGAUAUCGACAUAAGUGGAUUUUUAGCAAAGGAUGAAUCUGAAGAUGUAAACAAAGAGAACGAACAGGAAAAAGAAAACAGGAACGCCGACUGAAAGCAAAUUUAGAGAAUAUUUUAUGACUUCGAUCGAAUUUGUAAAUUUAUUUUGUAUAUUUAUAUUUGAUAAUAACAUUUAAAUUGAUUUUUUAA